AUGAUGAUUGGCAAACUACGUUUCUUUGGGACUAAUUUAUUCAAAUUCAACAAACUUGCUUCAAAUCAAUUACAAACCAUUUACGAAAAAUUGGAAUAUCUGGACGAAAUUGAUAACCUGGAGUUUGACGGUUCAAUCUUGAACAUCCAGUUUCAUAACAAUAAGUUUAUUCUAAUAAACAAACACGAGCCGUCUCAAAAAUUAUGGUACUCUUCCUUUUCAGGUUCGAUAUUUGCUAAUCACUAUGAUUUAGGCCUAGACUACUUUCAAUAUCAAGAUGAUAAGUGGAUAUCCACUCGAUCAGGUAUUUACCAUGAAUAUACCCAAUUUUCAUAA